GGAAACAGGAAUCACAUGACUUCAGAGGAACUGAAACUGAAGUUUAGUUGAGCUGUUGUGUGUUUGUGUCUCUGUAUUCAUGCAGUAAAAUGGCAGAAGCCAGAUUUUCUCAGGAUGAGUUCCUGUGUCCAGUGUGUCUGGAUCUCCUGAAGGAUCCAGUGACCACUUCCUGUGGACACAGUUACUGUAAGAGCUGUAUUACAGACUGCUGGGAUCAGGAGGAUCAGAUGAGAGUCUACAGCUGCCCUCAGUGCAGACAGACCUUCAGUCCAAGACCUGCUUUAGCUAAAAACACCAUGUUGGCUGAAGUGGUGGAGAAACUGAAGAAGAUUAAACUUCCUGCUGACUGUUACGCUGGAGCUGGAGAUGUGCAGUGUGACGUCUGUACUGGAAGAAAACACAAAGCCGUCAAGUCCUGUCUGGUGUGUCUGGAGUCUUACUGUCAAACUCAUUUUGAACGUCAUGAGGAUUUUCACUCACGUAAGCCACAUAAAGUGACUGAUGCCACUGGACGACUGCAGGAGAUGAUCUGCCAGAAACACGACAAGAUCCUUGAGGUUUUCUGCCGCACUGAUCAGAAGUGUAUAUGUGUGCUGUGUAUGGAUGAACAUAAAAACCACGACACUGUAUCAGCUGCAGCACAGAGGACAGAGAAUCAGCACCAGCUGAAGGAGAUGCAGAGGUUGUUCCAGCAGAGGAUCCAGCAGAGAGAGAAAGAUCUUCAGCAGCUGAGAGAGGCUGUGGAGUCUCAUAAGCGCUCUGCACAGACAGCAGUGGAGGACAGUGAGAGGAUCUUCACUGAGCUCAUCCGCUCCAUUGAGAGAAGCCGCUCUGAGGCCACACAGCGGAUCAGAGAUCAGGAAAAGACUGCAGUGAGUCGAGCUGAAGGACGACUGGAGCGACUGGAGCAGGAGAUCAAUGAUCUGAGGAGGAGAGACGCUGAACUGGAGCAGCUUUCACACACACAGGAUCACAUCCAUUUCCUGCAGAGUUUCCAGUCUCUCUCAGCUCCUCCUGAAUCUACAGACGUAAAUGACGAUCCCUUCAGUUCUCUCUCCUCUUUUGAUGUCUUGAGAGAAUCUGUCCGUCAGCUGAGAGACAAACUGGAGGAUUUCUGCAAAGAGGAGCUCAAGAAGGUCUCUGACAGAGUCACUUUCACCAACAUUGCUCCCAGGACCAGGAACGACUUCCUACAAUAUUCCCAUCAGCUCACUCUGGAUAUGAACACAGCACAUAAAAACCUCCGUCUGUCUGAGAGGAACAGAGUGAUUACUUACACUGACACAGAUCAGCCGUAUCCUGAUCAUCCAGACAGAUUUGAUUAUUAUCUUGAGGUGUUGUGUAGAGAGAGUGUGAGUGGACGCUGUUACUGGGAGAUUAAGAAGAGUGGGAAUAAUGUGUAUAUAUCAGUGUCAUAUAAGAGCAUCAGCAGGAAGGGACGGGGUAAUGAGUGUCGGUUUGGAUUUAAUGAUCAGUCCUGGAGUUUGUUCUGCUCUUCCUCCAGUUACUCAUUCAUACACAAUAGCAUAAAAACUAAACUCCCUGUAGUGUCCAUCAGCAGUAGAAUAGGAGUGUAUGUGGAUCACAGUGCAGGAACUCUGUCCUUCUACAGUGUCUCUGACACAAUGAGCCUCAUCCACACAGUCCAGACCACAUUCACUCAACCGCUCUAUCCUGGGUUUAGUGUUGGUUCUGGAUCAUCAGUGAAACUGUGUUGAUGAAUCAGAAUAGAAUAUAGAGAGAUUCUACCCAUAAUGCUUUGAGCCAAAGACUAUAGAAUAAUACAAGAGCCGUUUCUCAAUAUACUUGUCUGUACUUGUGUUCUGGUGGACUUGUGAAACGUCAUCAGUCGCUGUUCAAGUACUGUUCCAAUUCAAAUUUCGCAUCUAACCAAGUAUAGUUCAAGUCCCCGGAUGUGUUCUUGAUCCGCCUCUUUUAUCGAGAAUGCAUCGAGAGGUGACUUCUGCAGACUUGAGACAGCCAGGUAUCCCAGAAUGCAUCUCGCACUAACCAGUAAGCGUCAAUAGUAAAGGAGAAAACCCACAGAAUUUAAACAUAUUACUGUUAUUAUGUCAUGAAACGUAGUUUUAAGAGUUUUUCAGGCGAGAAUGUGCUGGUUUAAAGCUCAAAUUUGUGGUUUAUUGAUAUAGAUAGCACCUUUCUGAAAAUUUAAUCUGACGUUGUCGGUUGUGAGACCGACGUUGUGAGAUCCAGGUGAUCACCAGACGCUCAGCGCUCAUGUACCCAGCCGAGAGCAGUCAUACCUCGGCGAGUCCUUCUGACAUUUGCCGCUGGCUCCGUUUUGGCUGAGGGCAACGUGACUAUAUGGCUAUUUAACGUUUGUAUUCUACUAAAGCGCUGAUUUUGUAUGCUUGACUGAAUUGUUUGCUUUAUUUCUUAUUGUAUAUUCUUAUACCUUUUAUAAUGGCUAUUAUUGAUCAUUAAAACUGACAUUUAACAAAAAGAGACAGGG